GUCAGACUUCAACAUGGUCCGAUUCCUCAGCGUAUUCGUGUUGAUAUGCACUUGUUGGCUUUUCUGCCAGGCUGGCACCUACCAAUGGAUCCCGGAAGAGAGUGUUUACGAUGGUAUUCAGUCACACGCAACGUUACAAAUGCCCAAGCGCUGGACUGAUUUCAGAAAACGCUGGACUGAUUUCAAGAGAAUCCAUCCCUCCAAUGAGUAUAGUUGGUGAUUAGUGUUACCUGUUUAAUGUUCUGAAUAAACUGCAUACUUCCGGU